AUGGUGGAACUUUUUGUGCACUGUUUAGGCCCCUUGAAUCCACCUCCUGGACAUUGUAACUUUGAAACUGGGGACUGCGGCUAUACCCAGAAAAAGAAAGCUAAAAAAGGACAUUGGUUACGGAUCAGGGGACAUACACCCACGUCUUACACAGGACCCAAGGGUGACCACACCUUAGGGGUAGGCUACUACAUGUACAUUGAGGCAUCUCACAUGUUACCCAAGCAGUCGGCCCGGCUCAUGUCCACCGAGCUGAGGGGUUCAACUGGACCUCAGUGUCUGAUCUUCUUCUACCACAUGUAUGGCUCAGGCACAGGAACUCUAAGCGUCCUGCUGCAUAAGGGGGACAGGGAGAGAUUGCUUUGGACAAGACAAGGAGAACAAAGUGUGUCCUGGAUGAAGGCCACGGUGGAUUACGAGUGUUACACAAGGCACUGGAUUAUAUUUGAAGCUAUCAGAGGAUCCUCAAUAAGGAGUGACAUUGCAAUCGAUGAUAUUGUGUUUAAAAAGGGGCCGUGCAAUGAUCCUGGAGACAGCAUCGCAUACUCAGGAUUUUCUGAAAAUUUUAAUGAAAUUGAGUACUGAGCGAGGCCCAGGAAUGCUGAUAUGUGUUUGUUUGUAUUUGUGUGUCACUUGGGACGGGGAGACUGGGAGAGAGAAACGAACAUUUGUU